UGCAGACACCUACUGGCCCCUGGAACUUUACCGCAGCAGAAAAUACACAGAAGAACCAUGUUAUACUGGCACAACCAGGCUGAGCAUUACUGGCCAGCUCAAACUGAACACUACCACCAAUAUGUCAAUACCAGUGCAGGCAGGGACUUGCUGCCACUACCUCUUUUCAAGCAAGAGGAGACCAUGCUCUCUUCUGACCACGAGGUCACUGCUGUCAACUUCCAGUACAUUUUGAGUGCCGCCACCUCACCUGUCGUGAAGCUGCACGAGGAGACGCUCACCUACCUCAAUCAAGGUCAAUCAUACGAGAUCCGGAUGCUGUGUAAUCAGAAUAUAAGGGGACUCCUGGAGUUCAGUGGGAAGCUGCUGAAGAGUACAGUUCGGGUGGUCUUCCAUGACAGACGGCUCCAGUACAGUGAACACCAACAGCUCCAGGGCUGGAAAUGGAACAGACCAGGAGACCGGUUGCUUGAUAUUGAUGUUCCCCUGUCAGUUGGAAUCAUCGACCCUCGAGUAAACCCCAUCUUGUUGAAUGCUGCGGAGUUUCUCUGGGACUCAAAGAAACAAACCUCUGUCUCCAUUCAGGUUCACUGCAUCAGUACAGAAUUCACUCCCAAGAAAAAUGGUGGAGAGAAGGGGGUGCCUUUCCGAAUCCAGGUCGACACGUUCAAGAUGAGUGAGAAUGGAGAUUACACUGAGCACCUGCACUCUGCCAGUUGCCAGGUCAAAGUAUUUAAGACCAAAGGUGCAGACAGAAAACUGAAGACUGAUAAAGAGAAAAUAGAGAAAAUGUCCCCACAGGAGAGGUCCAAAUACCAGCUAGCAUACGAGGCUACAGUCCUGACUGAGUGUUCUCCUUGGCCUGACACUUUGCCCUGCUCAAGCAGAAUCCCAACCAGAAGUCCGAGCUACAGCCCAACCUCUCCAGUCCCAAUCAACAGCACUGAGAGAAGUUAUUCACCCCCCUCUCACCGGGGAGACCGGGCAGGACAAAACACUGUGGAGCAUCUGUCACCAAAGCUAACAAUUCAGGAAACACAACAGUGGCUUCAUCUCCACCAUUUCACCACCUUCUGUAAGCUGUUUGCCAAUUUCUCAGGUGCUGAUUUACUUAAGCUCUCGCGUGACGACAUCAUCCAGAUCUGCGGCCCAGCAGAUGGCAUCAGGCUCUACAACGCACUCCAUCUGAGGUCCGUUCGACCACGGCUCACCAUUUAUAUGUGUCAGGAACCACAGCAAGAGAAAGAGCAGGAGAAUUCCCAAGACUCUCCCAAUGCUUCUGUGUGUGCAUACAAGGAAAUCUACCUGGAGGACUUAACAAAAGCUGAACUAACUAAAAAGCUGGCAGCCCUGUUCAGCAUCUCCCCCAACGAGAUCCUGCAGAUCUACCGACAGGGAGUUGCUGGAAUCCACAUCCUGGUCGGGGACCAGAUGAUUCAGAACCUCCCAGAUGAAUCCAGCUUCAUAAUUAACUCAUUGAAAGUGGACAGCCUGGGUGGAUACUACAUGAUAUUAAAAUAGGAGCUUUGCCUCUGAAAAUGGAACCAACGGAGUGAACAUAUGAAGCAGCGAACAAUUCUUUGAAACUCAUAGCACAAUCCAAUAUUGUAAACCAGUGCCUCCUCCUGAACAGAACACUGAUUAGUACGGAAUGGCUCACCUCAAACAAUAUUUGGGAUACAAGUCUGUGCCUGAUGACACCUUGGGUUCUUGCAAAAUGCAUUUUUAAACCCUUCACUGAAUACAAGACCAAACAUUUAGAUUAACUUCUUAAGAUGACUGGCUUUCCUCCAGCUAUAUUUGUUUCCAUGCAUUGUUUUCAUUGCAUUGAGGAUGUUCUCAUAUGAGUCCUUCCUCUAGAUGUUGGAACAAAAUAUCUCAGCACUCGUGACCCCUUCAUUCCUACAACACCUUCUGGUGUCUCACUAGAUUCCAUCCAUCCUUUGCCCUUAUACCUACAUCUGUGAUCUGAGUUUAGCAAGACACUAGUAAUGAGGCUCAAUAAUGAUGCAAACUUCUUUGAAGGUGGGGAACAAACCCAACAAUGCCAAAACGAAAAAUAAUUAAAUAAGAUUAGCAUCAUUGUCCUUGAAUACAUGCUGGAUAUAGGUUAAAAGGGUGUGGGAACCAACAUUGCUACUGAGAUCCUCCCAUAGGUUUUCCUGUUACACAGGAACUGUGCAAGACCUCAGCUAGUUUCCAACAUUAACAUCAAUGUAGUCCCUUGCAGAUAUUUCUCUUUUAAGCAUUGUAAAAUGUUUUAUACAAGCAAUGUGAAAUGGCAGGUUUUUAUACAUGUGCUCAAAAAUAUGAAUAAAGAUAGUCCAUGUCAAGUGUUCUGA